UCUUUCUCCAGGUUAGCAAUAUCAUAGUAGUAUUCCUUUCAAACUGUGGCUACACAUGGCAAGUGACUUACAAGACUUCUGCGACUAUUUGCUUAUGGCAAGGCCAAUCCAUUUUGUUCUUGGACCAUCUGACAACUUGGCCAAACAAACCUCGCUGCUCUUUUCGUUCGAAAUUUCCUCUUCCAUCAUCUCGCUCACUUUGAUCCCGCCGUGAGCAUUGAUGACAAAACACUACACAGCUCCUCCAUUUGCCUUAGGUGUCAGCAAAAGAGUAUUGAAGGAUCCCUCCACGGAUUCGAGUUCUGGCAACGUUGCAGUUUCAGCUUAUGGUGCUGUUGUCGCGGCAGGACUUGUUACCAAGCGACAGGUCACCUAUACAGAAUCGUCAAAGACGAUCUGAAAACUUCCAAGCUAAGGCUUCGGGCCUUUCUGACACUCGUCCAGGACCGAUCUAUGUGGAGGCUAGUUGAGAGCAGCUCUUUGUUGAUUCGAGAUCCAUCCUUGAUGAGGUAAACAAUGUGUCACGGCCAAUUCACUUACGACGACUUGAUGGGGUUGCCGAGACUCAAGGUGAUCAGCCCGUAAAGAUGAUGGAGUUGAGAACCAAAAUACCCUCACCCACGUCUGCCGCGGCCCUCAAGAUGUCUUUUUGGUAGUAUAUUUGCGUGGACUGACUGCUAAGCUGUGCUGGAUGCACGUACAAACCAGGGAUGUGUCAGCACAGGGCCACUUCGUCCAACAAAGCCUUUGCUAUUCUACUCAGAUUUGGAAACAGCUUGUCAAGGAUUACUUGUCAGCUGAUGGCCUGUCUAUAUAAAGGUGAAUGUAUAUUGAAACGUGGAUGACUUCUUCAGCAAGGCACAGUUCACAAGGAACAUCCUCUUUACCGUGACCGCAAUUCUUCGUCCUGAUUAGGGCUGCCCAAGUCCGGACCCUGCCAAGGUUAACAAUGACAGACAAAUACGACUUCGUCGUUGUCGGAGCAGGUGCAGCAGGGGCUAUACUUGCAUGGCGGUUGGCAUACAGCAAGCAGAGACCGUCCGUGCUGUUGGUAGAAGCUGGUGGCAAGAAUGAUUCUAAGGACAUUCGUGUGGAUGCCGAGAGAUGGCUGCACCGUAUGAAUCCGGGACAAAACUGGGGGUACAAGACUGUCCCAAUCAAAGGAUUCGACGGGAGCAUCAUCGACUACGAUCGAGGCAAAGGUUUGGGAGGCAGUACUUCAAUCAACUUCUGCUGCUGGACAAUUGGUCCCAGCGAGGAUCAUGAUGAAAUAGCCCGCAUUGUUGGCGACGAUGAAUGGAAAUGGACCAACGCUCAAAAACGAUACAAACGGAUCGAGACGUUUCAUUUCGCACCACCAGAUGUGCCAGACGGCGUCCAAAAGUACCUCAAUCCAAGGACAGAGGACCAUGGCCAUAAUGGACCCAUCCACACUGGCUUUCCAAGGAUCUGGGAGCCUUCUGUCAAGGAUUUGAUCGAUAUCUGGGUUGAGAACGGCGCAAAACUCAAUCCGGACCACAAUGAUGGUGAUCCUACGGGCCUCGCCAUGUGCGCUUCAACCGCAUACAAUGGGGUCAGAUCAACUUCUGCCGAUGCCCUGGUCGGAGCACCCAGCAAUCUCCAUGUCCUUACAGACACUGAAGUGUCACGUGUUGUAUUUGACGGCACGAAGGCGACAGGGAUCGAGACCUUCUCCGGUCGGACCAUUCAUGCCGAAAAGGAAAUCAUCCUCUCCUGUGGCAGUCUUGAUACACCCAGAAUUCUGAUGCACUCGGGCAUCGGUCCCGAGGAUCAGCUAACCAGAUACAAUAUUCCCAUAGUGAAGGCCAACAACAACGUUGGACAACAUCUGAAAGACCAUCAUCAUGUGGUGUUGAGUUUUGACAGGGCAGACCAUACUUCACAGCGGCAGAGAUUCUACCGGAACAAGGAGCUACAGGCGGCAGCCCGAGCACAGUGGCAGAAGGACGGCACAGGUCCGCUUGCCGAGCUCGCUUGUGCCAUGGGAAUAGCGUUCGAGAAGCUGCAAUCAUUAUACGACUCUCCUGAAUUUCAGCAACUGUCGCAGACACAGCAAGAAUAUCUCAAGAAGCCAACCGUGCCGCACUAUGAGUUUGUUCUCAACGGCGCUCACCUGCCUCAUUUCAUCGACCCGGAGAAUGCAGCGGCGGGCACAUCAAUCUUCGUUUUCCUCCUCAACAUGCAGUCGAGUGGAUCAGCUGUGUUGCAGUCCUCCGACCCUAAAACGCCUCUGCUAUUCGACUGCAACUACUUUUCUCAUCCCUACGACAAACGCGUUGCGAUUGAGGCAACGCGUGAGGUCCUGAAAGUGGUCAAGAGCCAGCAAUUUAGCAAGGACACGAUCGCGGUGACCACCGCACCCAAGAGUGAUUCAGAAAAGGACAUUCUGGACUUUUGGAAGAAAACGUCCAGCAGUACAUGGCAUAUGAUGGGGACAUGCAGAAUGGGAGAGGACGACAGCCAAGCAGUGGUUGACAAAGAUUUCAAGGUCUUUGGCGUCCAACAGCUUCGGAUCGCAGACAUGAGCGUCAUUCCAAUGGUAAUCAACUGUCAUACUCAGACCACCGCGUAUCUUGCAGGUCUUACAGCCGGUGACAAGCUUGUUGCUGAAUAUGGCCUCGAUGACUGAGAACCCGAUGCUUAUCCACAGCCAUUGCCUCGAUUGUGUCUAGCAGCGUAGCAUGUUUCAUCCCAAGAUCAAGAUGGUGGAGCUGUGAGAGGGAAAGGUCUUUGCACGGUCGUGAAGGAACAUGAAGGUUUUAUCUGGCUAACAGAGUAGUGGAACGAUUGUGUACCUUAACCAUCUGGCGAGCACCAUAAAUAGACGGUUAGCAGACCUUUUGGACGAGUACGAGCUCGUACUGGCAAG